UGCAAGCAAAGCCACUGUCAGAGUAGGACAAGUGUCAAGCAAGCUGGACAUCUAGAUACUCUGCCUCUGUUUCUGUCCCAGGAUGUCCCUCCUCAAGAGUGUCCUCUCUCAGGUGCUCAGUUGGAUCAGCCUCUAUCAGAUCCUGGUUCUGAUCAGUACAGGACUCGUCGUUCUGGUUGCAGCGUGGAUGGCGAAGCUGUUGAUACGACAUGCCUGGUACACACACAAGUUGUCCUGCUUCAGCAAGCCUCCUGUACAUUCUUGGCUGAUAGGCCACCUGGGCCAGAUGCAGAGCACAGAGGAAGGUCUCCUCCAGGUGGAUGAGCUGGUGCAGACGUACACACACUCCUGCAGCUGGUUCUUCGGUCCUUUCUAUCAUUUUGUCAGACUCUUCCACCCUGACUACGUCAAGCCUCUGCUGAUGGCACCUGCCAGCAUUACAGUGAAAGAUGAGCUUAUCUAUGGGCAUCUGCGUCCAUGGCUUGGACAGAGCCUGUUGCUAAGCAAUGGAGAGGAGUGGUCCCGCAAGAGGCGGCUGCUUACUCCAGCUUUUCAUUUUGAUAUCCUGAAGAACUACGUUGUCAAGUUCAACACCUCAGCUGACACCAUGCAUGAAAAGUGGCAGCACCUGGUGGCAGAAGGCAGAAACAAUAUAGAGAUGUUUGACCAUGUCACCCUGAUGACACUGGACAGUUUACUGCAAUGUGCCUUUAGCUACAACAGCAACUGUCAGCACUCUCCCAGUGAGUAUGUGUCAGCCAUAGUUGAGUUGAGCGAUCUGGUAAUAGCUCGGCGCCAUAGGAUCUUACACCACUGGGACUGGUUUUACUGGAAGACACAGCAGGGGAGACAGUUUAAAAAGGCCUUAAGCAUUGUACACAGGUUUACCAGGGAAGUGGUGCUGCAGCGUCGUGCCCUCAUCAAACAACAGGCGGAGACACAAUCACAGUCUAAUCUCACCACAAGAAAGAACAGGAAGAAAGAUUUCGUGGACAUCAUACUGCUGUCAAAAGAUGAGGACGGACAAGGCUUGGGCGAUGAGGAGAUACUAGCUGAGGCCCACACUUUCAUGUUUGCAGGUCAUGACACCACAGCCAGUGCGAUUUGCUGGACGCUGUAUAAUUUAGCACGCCACGAACACUAUCAGGAGAGAUGCCGGCAGGAAGUGAUGGAUCUAAUGCAGGGACGAGACAGCCACGAAAUAGAGUGGGACGAUCUGUCCAACCUUCCCUUCACCACCAUGUGCAUCAGAGAGUCUCUCAGGCUGCACUCACCUGUACAGGCUGUAACAAGGAAGUACACCCAGGACAUGCCACUACCAGAGGGUCGAACAGUACCAGAUGGAGUCAUCUGUUUGGUCAGUAUCUACGGUACACACCACAACCCUGCUGUCUGGACAAAUCCACAUGAGUUUAAUCCUCUGCGUUUUGACCCGACCAACACAGAAGGCCGCAAUUCUCAUGCCUUCAUCCCAUUCUCCUCAGGCCCCAGGAACUGCAUCGGUCAAAAAUUCGCCCUGGCAGAGCUUCGAGUCGUCGUUGCAUUGACGCUGCUCAGGUUCCGCCUGACCCCGGGAGUGGACCCUGAAAUUGGGAGCGGCUCCCGGGCCGUUCGCCGUCUCCCCCAACUUGUCCUGCGUGCAGAGGGAGGCCUGUGGCUGCAGCUGGAGAACUUGGAGGAACCGCAGGAAAAAUAAUGAAAGCUGCCAUGUUCACUUGCUUUAUUAUUAACCACAGAACACACACC